AGCGUAGUGUUUUGACGACCUCCAGAAGCUGCUGUUGGAUCGCUCCCAACUUUUCUAAUCUAUUACCACUAAUUACGCAUUCGGUUAAUCUUUCACGCCCCGCUUGAAAAGAAGCAAGUAUCUUUUAUGACUUGAAAGAGUCAUUUAUUAUUUUCUGACUGACACGACUCCGACUCUACGUCAUACUAAUCGCUGGCGUUAUUUGAAGAAGAGUCCGUCUGCCCUAUACACGACACUUCCUCCAAUCCCCAGACGGCGUACAACAAUUUCGCCAUAAAUUCCCCUCCCCUGACCCCUCAGAUACGUCACCGCUAAGUGCGCAGCUCCGUGGACGCCCCCCCCCCCUCCCUCUCCACACCCCCACCCCACGACAACAAGGUUAGCCCGCAGCAGCAGCAUGGCCCCGCCGCGCAACCGCCGCUGAGGGAUCGCCCCGACAUCCAGCAGUCGUCAUGCGGACACCGAGUCUGCGUCACGUCCAUAACGCGAAUCCACGCGGGAUAAUCACUCGGAAGCUUUCAGGCGACGGACACGCGUGGAUUUAAAGCACCAUGGAGUUAAGCAGUGCUGAAGCUUCAGUCCCGGCUGCCGCGCCCACCCCAAAACCUCAGCCGUCCAUAUACCACGGCGCCCCCCACAGUCUGCUUGAAUGGCGUCGGAGGGUCAGGUCCGAGUACAUGCGCCUUCGCCAGCUGAAGCGCCUAAAGAAAGCAGAGGAGGUCAAGGCUGUGUUUGUGUCCAACCGGCUUAAAAUUGAGAAGCAGACGGAUAUCCUGAAUGAGGAAUGGUCCAAGCUGAGGGUCCAGUCAGUGCCGUUGUCGAGUUCAGGCGGCCCUGUUGCAGCAAAGAAGAUGUGCACUGUAGAAUCCGGCUUCCCAGGCUUCAAAGUUCAGGCCGUCACCAUGAGACCACUGUCGACGGUGACGGGAAUCCCCUUCAUGUACUCCUGGUCGCCUCUGCAGCACAACUUUAUGGUGGAGGAUGAGACGUUUCUACACAACAUUCCCUACAUGGGUGACGAGGUGUUGGAGCAAGAUGAAGCAUUCCUGGAGGAACUGAUUGACAACUACGAUGGCGUCCAUGGUGACAGAGAAGGGGGAUUCAUCAACGACGAGAUUUUUAAGGAGCUGGUCGAGGCUUUAAGUCUGUACUCGGACCAUGAAGAGGACGAAGAGGAGGAAGCGGCGACUGCGGCGGUGACUGAAAAGAAAGAAGAAGAGAGAGCGAUGAGGCGGAGCUCGGCCGAGGGCUCCGAGGAGACCAAAGCGCCGUUCAUCCGGAGGAAGAGGAGGAGCGCAGUCGAGGUGAGGGACCCGUCCGGGAGCAAGAAGAUCCCCAGCGACAAAAUCUUCACCGCCAUCGCCUCCAUGUUCCCUUACAAGGGCACCACGGAGGAGCUGAAGGAAAAGUACAAGGACCUCCUAGAACCGGGAAGUCCAGUUAAGCUGCCCCCCCUCUGCACUCCAAACCUGGACGGACCAUUUGCCAAGUCGGUUCAGCGUGAACAGUCGCUGCACUCCUUUCACACGCUCUUCUGCAGAAGAUGCUUCAAAUAUGACUGCUUCCUUCAUCCUUUUCACGCGACACCCAACGUGUACAAAAGGAAGAGCAAGGAGAUCCGAAUGGAGACCGACCCUUGCGGCGGCGACUGCUUCCUGCUACAGAAAGGGGCGAAAGAAUUUGUGGAUCAGAACAUGCUGCGCUCGCAGAGGUUUCGGAAGCGGCGCCGGCAGCAACAGCAGCAACAGCGUCCCGUCAGCGCCAGUUGCGCCGGACCGUCCGGGUCCGCCGAGGAGAGUAAAGAUGGAGAAAGCGACCAUGAAACCACGUCCUCCUCAGAGGGGAAUUCACGCUGUCAGACUCCCACCAAGCUGCGACUGGUCGAAGACGAAGCCGAGCAGUCUGUGUGCUGCGCGACGGAGUGGAGCGGUGCGGAAGAGUCGCUCUUCAGGGUGCUGCACGGCACCUACUUCAACAACUUUUGCUCAAUCGCACGCCUCAUCGGCACCAAGAACUGCAAAGAGGUGUACGCAUUUGCGGUGAAGGAAGCCCUCAUUCAUCGCGUCCCUCUGGAGGACGGAGGCAUCUCUCCGCAGAAAAAGAAAAGGAAGCACAGGUUAUGGGCAAAGAUUCAGCUAAAGAAAGAUAACUCGUCCAAUCAAGUGUACAACUACCAGCCAUGUGAUCACCCGGACCACCCGUGUGACAGCACCUGCCCGUGCGUGAUCACGCAGAAUUUCUGCGAGAAGUUCUGCCAGUGUGAGCACGAGUGCCAGAAUCGCUUCCCGGGAUGUAGAUGUAAGACCCAGUGCAACACCAAGCAGUGUCCCUGUUACCUAGCCGUGAGGGAGUGCGACCCGGACCUGUGCAUGACUUGCGGUGCCGCCGACCACUGGGACAGCAAAGUGGUGUCGUGCAAGAACUGCAGCAUCCAGAGGGGCCUCAAAAAGCACCUCCUGUUGGCGCCGUCCGAUGUAGCAGGUUGGGGCACCUUCAUCAAAGAGCCCGUGCAGAAGAACGAGUUCAUCUCAGAGUAUUGCGGAGAGCUCAUCUCGCAAGACGAGGCGGACCGACGAGGCAGAAUCUACGACAAAUACAUGUCCAGCUUCCUUUUCAACCUGAAUAACGACUUUGUCGUCGAUGCCACGAGGAAGGGCAACAAAAUCCGCUUUGCCAAUCACUCGGUUAAUCCCAACUGUUACGCCAAAGUGGUGAUGGUGAAUGGAGACCACCGCAUCGGGAUCUUUGCCAAGCGGGCCAUCAUGCAAGGGGAGGAGCUCUUCUUUGACUACAGAUACAGCCAAGCCGACGCCCUCAAAUACGUUGGCAUCGAGAGGGAAGUGGACAUGUCCUAGGUGACCGGGGCCAUACAUGACUAAGGAAUAUCCCGUCCUUCAUUUCUAGCAAAGCCUCCGCCCUCCGUCCCCGUGCCCCCAACGCACGUUGGCUCCGUCCCGGGAAAAUAAAAGCCCCUCCCUGCUCCGUGUUUGCAGGUGCACUUGCCCCGCUUCCCUCCCCACAUCUAGCCAAUAUGCACGAGCGCUUGUCAACCUUAUACUAUUCCACUAGUCCGUGUUACUAAAGGGUUUUUCCUUUACGUUCCACUCGGUUCGCACUUGUAGUUAGCGUUUAGUUGCAGCAGGCAGUGACGUGCAUGUGCUGUCUCUCGGGUAAAUUUAAAAAAAAGAACAGAUUUAGUUUGCAGUAUUUUGCUUCACAGUGUUGCCACCGGAAGCUAACAGUUGUGCAUUUAUGUCCAAAAUAUGAUAAUAGGCAAGAAACCGACUGACUGAAUGUAACUUGUAGAUGGCAGUGAAGAGAUCUCAUUGGUUUUUGUUUGGAUUUUAACUAAAAGGGGACAUAUUAUGAAAUAUCAAACUUUGUUAUGGCUUGUAUGAUAAAAGUUGGGUCAAGUGUGGAAUUAAAGAACCUAGAAGAACUCGUGAAUCCACCCAGGAGUUAAAAAUCUGAAGAGUUUCCUAUUUUUAAGCAACUUUAGUGCGGAAUUGUUAGGUGUUGGAUAAAUUUACGACACUAAUCGGAUGACCAACUUCCCAAAAUGAUGAUAAGUGUGUACUGUCUAUUUUGAAUGAAGAAUGAUGAGAAAUUGUGAAAUAAAAAUGUAUAAUAUGUCUCCUUUAA